AUGUAUUCUCACACUAUUCAACUCAGCUCUCUCUUUCCUUCAUCAUCAUCUUGCCUUCCUUCACAAGCAUCUACAACCAAGUCGUCGUUGAAGGUGGUGCACAGACACAGCGCAUGCUCGGGACUCAGCAGCGGCAAAGCAUCGGCACCCGACCAUGCCGACAUCCUCAGACGCGAUCAAGCACGAGUGGAGUCCAUCCGAUUGGCACUGUCAAACAGCUUCAGAGACCGCAUCAGGCCGAGCCAAACCACAGAUCUACCGGCUAAACAUGGGAGUACGGUCGGUACAGGGAAUUACAUAGUGACGAUCGGAAUCGGGACACCUAAAAACGAUCUCUCACUCAUCUUCGACACAGGCAGCGAUUUGACGUGGAUCCAGUGCAUGCCUUGUAGAACCUGCUACCCUCAGAAGGAACCUAUCUUUAACCCUUCUUCGUCUUCUUCCUACUCCAACAUCUCCUGCUCUUCGCCGGUGUGUGCUUCUCUCCGUGGCCAAGGUAUCUUUAGCAAUUGUUCGGCAGCUUCCAAUUGCAUCUACGGUACCGUCUACGGUGAUAAAUCCAUUACCGUCGGCAAUCUCGCCACCGAGAAAUUUACCCUAACGAGCUCUGACGUCUUCGACGGCGUUAACUUUGGUUGCGGUAGGAUCAACCAGGGAAAAUUCAGGGGCAUGGCCGGUCUUCUCGGUCUUGGCCGUGGCAAACUCUCAUUUCCAUCGCAGACGGCGAAGAAAUACAACAAUCUAUUCUCCUACUGCCUCCCAUCUUCGGCCAGAUACACCGGUCAUCUCACCUUCGGAUCCGCCGGAGUCUCUAAUUCCGUUCAAUACACCCCGAUUUCCUCCGUCUCAGAUACGACCUUCUACGGUAUCAGCAUCGUAGGCAUCACCGUCGGCGAUAAGCAAUUGGAGAUUCCUCCGACCGUAUUCUCAUCGCAAAGUGCCAUAAUCGACUCCGGCACCGUAAUCUCUCGCCUUCCUCCCAAGGCCUACGAGGCACUGCGAAGCGCGUUUAAGGAAAGGAUGUCGAACUACACGGCUACGACGUCGCCGAGCUCGGUUAUGGACACGUGUUACGAUUUCACGGGACUGGAGGAGAUUACCAUCCCGAGCAUUUCAUUCUCCUUCAGCGGCGGCACCGUCGUGAAACUUGACCUAGCAGGGAUUUUGUACGUAUUUGAUGUAUCCCAGGUUUGUUUGGCGUUUGCAAGCAACGGUGAUACUACUCUUCCCACAAUCUUUGGGAACGUUCAGCAAAAGACGCUACAAGUUGUGUACGACAACGCUGGUGGACGCAUCGGCUUUGCUCCCAAUGGCUGUAGUUAG